UAUGCAAAGAAUUAUGUUUUUAAGGUCUUAUACCUUAACGGUCAAAUAUCAGUUUGGUCUUUUACAGUUUAUACGCUUAACCACCGAAUGUUGUGAAAUAGCAGUAAAAACCUAACAGAAUGUUAGAGGAAGAGAUUAAUACAUAAACAAAGCAGUGCUGUAAAUCUGCAGAUUAGCUGAUCAAGUGACCACCACUACUUGAAAGGGUUUUCAAAUUCCACGCACUUUUCUUUUGCCAUAUUACUACGCGCACACACAAAAAAAUGAGCCUUCUGGAACCUUCCGACAGUCAGAACAUGAACAGAAAGAAAACGGAGAGCCCAUAGCCCUAACCUACAGCUGUGCUAUGACCGUAACCUACACAAGCCGCGUGGCUAAUGCCCGUCUGUGCGGCUUUUCCAAAUUGCUGCUACAAUGGAAGGGGAGCAUAUACAAACUACUGUACAAAGAGUUCCUUAUCUUUAUGCUGCUUUAUCUCACUCUCAGCUGCAUCUACAGGUUUAUGCUGGAAGAAAGCCAAAAACGUUUCUUCGAGAAAAUGGCCAUCAACUGUAACAAUUAUGCUGACCUAAUCCCAAUGUCAUUUGUGCUCGGUUUCUACGUGAGUCUGGUUGUGUCUCGCUGGUGGAACCAGUACCAGAGCAUGCCAUGGUUGGACCGCCUAAUGUGCACUGUUUCCUGUCAUGUCCAAGGCACGGAUGAGUACGGCAGAAUACUGCGGAGAACAUUGAUGCGCUAUGCCAACCUGGCCUCCAUCCUCACCUUCCGCUCAGUCAGCACUGCUGUCUACAAACGCUUUCCAACCAUGAGGCACAUGAUGGAAGCAGGUUUUAUGACUCCAGAUGAGCACAAGAAGUUUGAGAGCCUGAAUUCUCCUCACAAUAAAUUCUGGGUUCCCUGUGUGUGGUUCGUCAACCUUGCGGUGAAAGCAAGGCAGGAAGACCGAAUCAGUGACUAUGUGUCUCUGGCCCAUAUCUUCAGAGAGGUGAAUAACUUGCGCAGCCAGUGUGAGAAGCUGUACAGUUACGACUGGAUCAGUGUCCCACUUGUUUACACACAGGUUGUGACUAUUGCUGUUUACAGCUUCUUUCUGGCCUGCCUAAUUGGUCGGCAGUUUCUCGAUCCAAGUCAGGGUUAUGCAGGCCAUGAGCUUGACCUCUACAUCCCCGUCUUCACCUUGUUGCAGUUUUUCUUCUAUGCUGGUUGGCUUAAGGUGGCUGAGCAACUGAUUAACCCUUUUGGUGAGGACGAUGAUGACUUUGAGGCGAAUUGGCUCAUUGACAGAAAUUUCCAGGUUUCCCUCCUGGCCGUGGAUGAAAUGCAUCAGAACUUACCUGCUCUUGAGAAGGAUAAAUAUUGGAAUGACAAUAAUCCAAAGCCUCCAUACACAGCAGCAACCACAGAACACCGGAAAACCUCCUUCCUGGGCUCCACUUUUGAUAUCAGCAUGCUUAAAGAGGAAAUGGAGUUCCAGCCCCUGGAACAGAUCAAUGAGAAUGAAGAAGUAAACCAUGCCACUCCACUUCUGAGUAACUUAGGCCGACUCCUCGGAAUUCCAUCAACAAACUUGCAAAACAUUUCCAGAUCCACUCCUCGAAUUAAUCUAAUGAGGAAGAGGAAUGGUGCUUUGUCGCAGGCGGCUAUGUACAGCUUCUUGAGCUCAGAGUCAACCCCCAAUGGUUUCCAUAAGCCAGGAUGUCUCCCUCCAAAUAGACCCUUUGCAAGAAUCCACCGAGCCUCCUCAUCCUCGCAUUCACCUUUAGGGUCCACUCAAGGUUGUGCUGCCUUGGAUAGUGAGUCAAGGGAUUUUGACAGCUUCAUCUCUUCUUCACUUUAUGACAGACCUGGCUACUAUAGUGCCCCUCAAACACCCAUCCAAUCCAUUCCCAUGACAUUUCCUCUCAAAAGGAUCCCUUUAAUGAAGCCCUCUAUGCUGACCAAUAUCUCUGUCUCCUCUGCUGGAAAUCAAGGCAGUAAUGGCAAUGAGUCAGCCUCCAAACCCAGUGAGCUGGACAUAGGAAACAGUAUUCUUGCCAAUAAAGGAGCCUCCCUGAAUGAAACAUCGACAGAGGUAACAACAAUGGAAAAUAGUCAAAUUGCAUCUGAAGAUGAAGCUGUUACAAAUAGCCACUCUAAAAACUGUAAAGAGACUCUUAUACCAACAACCAACAGCAUGAAUCCUAACAGCAGUAAUAACCUCCUACUGGUUCCUGAAAGUCUAUCCUGUCUCCUGACAGACAGUUCUUCAAACACUGAUAAGCCAAUCGAAUUGAAACAAAAGCUCAAUACAACCAUUGGUUUCCGAGCACGCAAGCAUCCUAGACUGACUCUUGAGUCCUUUGGACAUGCAAACAGUCCAGACCCUCCAAAUCCUUCACUCAACACACCAGGCUGUGGCUCAACAAUGUCCACCUUUUCCUUCACACCAGUGUCUUCCCCAAUGCUGGGGAGGUCAAGGAUACUAAGUCACAGUGGAACAAUCUCUGGUACUGAUUAUAAGGCAGGAAGCACACCUUCCCCAGGAUUUUCUGAAAUGGGCACGUCCUCCAAGUACCUCAAUAUAACCACUCAGUCCAUGACCACUGCUGAUUGCACAACUGAUACCAAUAUGAAGGCACAUCUGAAAUAUGACAGUGUGCCUCCAAAUGAUUCGAGAUUCUCACUCAACGAUGGGGACCUAGUCAACCUGAUGGAUAUCAUAAUUGAAACAGCAGAAAACAUUCCAGAGAAUGGGAAAAUGGAUAAGCACACAGAAGCAAAUGACUGAGAUGAAACAUUAAAGACUCCAUGUAUCAUUUUGCUUUGUUGAGCCUAUAUAGCUUUAUUUAAACCAUAUCUCGAACAUAGCAAAUUUUAAAUGCAGCUCCAAUGUGGCAUAUAGUGAAGCAAGCAUACACAACACAACGUAAUUGCUACAUGAUUUCUCACUGCAGAGGCUUUAAGAAGCAGCUCUGGUGGAAUGAAAGAAGACACAAGCUUAUAGACUGGCUUUUCAUCUUUGAGCAUAUCAGCCUGCCAGCUGCAAGGUUCCUUUGUAAAUUAGGUCUGAGCAACCUCAAACUAGAUCCGAAUUAUCAAGCUCACAAAAGCACCAAAUUGCCCCUAAAUUGGCAGCUGUAAGCCAUUGGAUGACUUGUGUAGGAAAUGGAAAUUGUCACACUGGUGCAGUACAAGUGUUAUUUUGGUUUGAGAUUACUUUUCCUUUAAAAGGAAAAUAUAGGGAAGGAUUUACACCUCAGUUGUGUCUAUAGUGGGGAGUAUUUGAUCCUUACGCUCAUUGCCAAAAUAACAAGUAUUCUGUUCCCCAAUACUAACAUUAUUCACAAUGAGAAGCAUAAACUUCACCAUUCAUGUCUCAUUUCCUUAAAAGAUUAUCACCCUCCAAAGCUAAGCUUCAGACAGUCACUGGAUCCACAGUUAAAAACAGCAACUUAAGAAUUUAUUGGCUAGAUUUUGUUGGUGGUGACAUAACAGUGUCCAAUGGUGACCUGAAAGAACGUUGUCCACAAAGAUUUACUGCUUUCUGUGGUCUGAAUUAUUCCUUUCCCAAUGCUAAUUUGGACCUAGUGCCUAGUCAAGAAGAUUUCUGUCCAGUAACUGUGAUGUCAUUAUGCAGGGUAAGCCACCAAUUUCACUGAAGUAAUCUUACAGACAGAAAGCAAGAAAAUAUCUUCACUUUGGAUUGUAAAGUUCACUGUGGGUGUUGACUACACCAAGAUGCCGUCAAAGAUGGCAACUGGCCAUGUGUGCACAUAGAGAUGGUGCUGAUCACAACACAUUGCAAAAUUGGAGUCUCCUGGCCACUGUCUCCUUGCUGCUGGCUUACCUUGUUGUAAACUAAAUCCCCCCAACUCCCCUGCUACUUUUGCUAUAAUUCAUCAUUCAAAUAAAUACAUGGAGUGAAAAUAUAAAUUACGUUAUCAUAAACUUUUAGAAAAGAUUAUUUUAAUUUUUUUAUCACAUUGGAGAAAUCUGACAUUCAACAAGUGAAAUUAUUCUUUCAGGACCAGUGAGAAUAGCCAGCCGUAAUUACAUAUUUCUAAAAAUCCUCUUCUAACCAGUCUGUUCAGAGAUGUUAUGACACACUUCUGGGACUUGAAUCCAAACUUGCUAACUCAGAGAUAGACACUGUCACUGCACCACAAGAGUCCCCUAAUUCCAAACUUUAAGAUAUUAAAAACCUAACUAUACCAAUUCAAUGAUAUGUGACAAUUUCAAGUGCUUUUACUACGGGACUAAGAGCCUAAGAGUGGAAGCUCACCUUAGGGUUAGAGAUUGCUAAUUGAUUGCAUUCUUGAGUGCAUCAGUACGUUUGCUAUAAUUUCUCUCCAAUUGGGGGGAAAGACACAAUGAAAGAUUAAAGGUGAAGAUGAUGUUAUCAUCCACUGCUUGUGAACCAAUAAGGUGAUCCAAUGGAAGCAAAUUCCCUUUCUGUCACUGAGGUUUCCAGUGGUGAAAGUCCUUCCCAUCAACAGCUGCAGCCAAUCAGAGGUCAGCGCCACUUCCUAGUGACAUAGCACCCAGCUGAGACCCAGGGUCACAGAGAGACCAUAGGUAAUAUGUAAUGAAGGCAAAAUGAUGGCCAUGUUAGGGGAUGUGGGGAUUAGAGGCAAGAGCAGAUGGGUGGCUUUCAGUGACUGCUGCUCAAUGCCAGAUCCCUUAAUCAGGUAGAGAAUGGCCUGAUAGCAAGCACCCCUCCCUUUCAUGGAAGGCCAAUAAUAAACCUGACAGGUUUUGCUAAGUGGGUUUUAGAGGGCCAGGAGACCAGCACAAUCUCCACAACACCUUACGGAUAAUGGAUGCCAUUUGACUCAUGUCUGAGCUUAAUUGACAUCCUGCCCACACCAGCCCCAUACUUAUCCCACUUAAUUAGAUAUUCAUGUGGGGCCUCUUCCAUCAUGAUGGUGUCAGCCUGACAACAGUUUCUGCCGCAUAAAAUUCAACCCACAAUGAGGUGUUGGAAAUGGGGGCAGGAAGGUAUUGAAUGACUGGCAAUGGAAGCAGAAACCUGCUGAAACGUGGGAAAUGGAUGUGGAAACAAACUAAAAUACACGGAAUCAGAGUAAUUUAUUGAAUAGAAGAACCUUGGACCACUAAGCUUUUGCUUGCAAAUCUCUCCCAUGAAAUCCUUUAAAUUGAAUGUGGAUCAAAUGGGCUGAAAUUCAUACGGUUGGCUUUUUGAAUGUGCUAUAAUUUUAUAUUCAAACAGCAACAGAAUUUUUUAUUAUUACUUAAUGUUGUUUCAAUUUCUUAAUUGUAAACUGUUUCUACCAGAGCUUAGAGACUAGUUGGCUUUUUGAAUGUGCUAUAGUUUUAUAUUCAGUAAGCAACAGAAUUUUUUAUUAUGACAUAAUGUUGUUUAAAUGUCUUAAUUGUAAAUGGUUUCUUCCAGAGCUUAGGGACUAGGGAGCUCAGCACAGCCACCAAUACCAGAAUAAUUAAGAGGCUAAAACUGGAAAUCAACAAAAAUCUCAGAGAGCAGUAGUGAUGAAGAAGGUUACGAAAAGGGGAAGGGCAUGACCCUGGAGGGAUCUAAAAACAAGGAUGAGUAUUUUAAAAUUGUAGCUAUGCUGGACCAAGAUGCAACAGAUCAUCGAUACUGCUAUCAAGCAGUGCUUGCUCAGCAAUAACUUGCUCAUUAAUGCUCAGUUUGGGUUUCUUAGCUCUUGACUUCAUUACAGCCUUGGUCCAAACAUAGACAAAAAGUGCUGAAUAUCAGGGGCGAGUGUGAUUGUCCUUAUAAUCAAGUCAGCAUUUGACUAAGCAUGUUAUCAAGGAUCAGUGGCAAAUAUAGUUUGUGCCACACCUGCCUGGCAAUGACCAACUCUGAAAAUAAAGAAUUUAACUAUCUCCCCUUCAUAUUCAAUGGCAUUAUCAUCGCUGAAAACCCCACUAUCAACACAAAUGACUGUGGAUGCUGGAAAUAUAAAACAAAAACAGAAAUUGCGAAGAAACCCAGCAGGUCUCACAGCAUUGUGGAGAGAAAGCAGAGUUUCAAGUCCUGUGCCCCUUUUUCGGAACUUAACACUACCAGCUGCUCCCCUCUGAGCCACUCAGGGCUCAAGUCUCUCCAUCUAUCUCCCAACCGAGGGUUCCCUUUGAAAUAACUCGAUGGCCACUUUUUGAUUUUAGGGGGAUAACUUUUUAGUUUUCAGGGACUAUGUUUUAAGUCUCAUGAGCUCUGUCAUAAGGCGAUGCAAACACUUGGUAAUCACACUUUCUGUAUUUGUGUUGAUAUAUGAUUGUUGUGGACUAACAGAGAAGCAGAAUUAAAAAGGUUCAUCAAUAUUCCCAAUAAGCAUCACAAGGCUUUCAAAUAUAAAGGCAAAACACACAAUGAAAACAUUAAUUUCCCAGUAAGUAGAUACAAUAAAAGACAUUAAUUAGCAACAAAAUGGCACUAUCACACACUCUUGCACACUAAAAAGCCAUCACCUUAAACACACUUUCCACAGACUGGUGAAGUCACAGCUAAACCAUUGCACUUUUGCGUCUAACAUACUUCAAACAAUUCAUAGUAUGUAAGAUAUUUUGAGAUUUGAUAACACAUAAAUACAAAUCUUUUGAAAUGAAACUGUUCAGUGUUAAAUGAUACAAUUGACACAGUGUUCAUUACAAUAGUGUCCACUACAUUUUCCCCAUAGAUAACUCUUGAACAUCUGCAGCUUUAGUCUAGAGACUUCACUUUAAUUUGCAUGGAACUUAUUACUUCCAUUUGCCUGUUCUCCGCUGGGUGAGUAUUCCUUCCAUUGAAAAGUUUUAACCUGUUUUCUCCUCUUUGCAGCCCUCGUAUCCUUGCAGAACUUUUCCAUUAUUUGCAGACCCUUUCCUCCAUUUUCAAACCCUCUAUUCCCAAUAGUUUCAGAUUUCAAAAUAGUUAAGUGGAGGAAAUUUCUGCUUAUCCAGUGCUUGUUAUCAGACAAAUAAUGUGACAAAUCAAAUUCAGUGGAAGAUUUGAUAGACAUGAUGCUGAGACACACUGAAGAUUAGAAAUGAAACGCAACAUACAGUGAAGGCUUAGAGAUUUAGAGAGUUAUACAAAAGAGUUAGAGGUGGAGAUAACCAAUAUACUGAAGGGCCAGAGAUGAGAAGAGAAAAAUGUAAAGAAAAAUAUUAUAAUUCUUUACAGCUACAUUGAAAUACACCGAAGAAAUAGGGCAGCAUAGUGACUUAGUCUCUGUCUCCCCCCGUCUGCUUGGGUUUACUCUGGGUGCUCCAGUUUUCUCCCACAGUCCAAGAAUGUGCAGGUUAGGUGGAUUGGCCAUGCCAAAUCAUCUGUAGUUUCCAGGGAUGUGCAGGCGAGGUGGGUUCACCAUGGUAAAAUAUGAGGUUACUGGGAUAAGGUAAGGGGAUGGUUCUGAGUGGGAUGCUUUUCGGAUGGUCGCUGCAGACUCGAUGGACCGAAUAGCCUCCUUCCACACUGUAGGGAUUCAAUGAUUCUAACUGGAGACAGAGGGAGACGUAGACUGAAGGGUUGGAGAUAGAGGGAGAUGGACGAGAAGGUUGACAAAGUUAGAGACAGCUGGAGAAACAUAUUGAAGAUCUGGGGGUGAGGUAGGAAACAUAGUAAAGAAUCAAAUGGAUAGAGAAAUAUAUUGAUAUUCCUUACAAAUUACUUUGAGUUUUAGACUCUUAUAAAUGUAACAAAGUUCUCUGGGUUAGUUGGGUGCCUGAAAUAUUUCACGCCCACCUGUAAAAUGCAGGUAAAGUAAACAUAAAUGCAGGUAAUGUCAAGUAGUUUCAAAUAAUGCCACCAGUUGAAGAAAGAAAGUUUUAUUCAGGAUGAUAAUGAGUCAAUUUCUGCAGAUUCCAGAAACUCUCAUGGACAGACUUAAAACUUAGUUAUCGAUCAUUACUAAACUUCAGCUAGAGGCAGCAUUUCUUCAAUAAAAUGGUAUAAACUCCAUGCUGUAUAAUAUUUAAUGCACAACUUUGAAAUGUCUGAUUUAUUGUAAUUUAUCAUAUUCAGCAUUUACAAUUUUGUCAAUUGAAUAAUUAUGUAAGUACAGUCAAUAGUUAUUCGGUUGAAGAUUAAAGUCACCAUAAUUUGAUCCACUAUGAUUAUAAAUAUUAACUAGCUUGAUUGUUACUUAUUGAGUGCA